GCAGUUGGUGUAUGAAUUUCCUGGCAAAUGAGGAAGGUGACUGCAUCCAGAAGACAUUUCAGAGUGUAAAUUCACAGCCUUUCCAUGUCUAAUCAAGGAACAUAAACCGUUAGCCACAUGUUCUCCAUUUCCAUCACAUUUUUUCACACUUAAACAAAAACAUGCCAAAGAAAAGGUGCUACAUUCUUUAAUGCCCCCAAAUAGGAACCACAGGAGUCCGUUAAAUGUGGUGGCCGUUUCCAGCAUGCAAAUCAAUUUUCCUUGUGGUGGUGAAGUGGUGAAUAAUGCCUGGCUUGUUUUAAGGAGGCAUGACUGAUUUUGGAUGAAGGAUCCUGUCACUUUGGCAUUUUUCAUUUUAUUUAUUGCACACAACCGUAUAAAACUUGGUCCUGAUCUAAGUGCCAGGCGUAAUAGUGGAAAUAGCUGAAAGGACCACAUAACUACUGGUGGAGUAAAGGGGCUUCUCCUGAAAGGCAUUUUCCGGACUCCUCUGAAAUUAUUUUGAAUAACAUGGCAGUCAAGGAUUUCAUCAGCUGGUAUCUGCUGGCUUUAUUUUUUCUUCCAUUUUGCCUGUGUCAAGAUGAAUACGUGGAGCCCCCUCCGAGUGGACCCCAGAAUACAGACUGCAGUGCCUGCUGUCGUGGAGAUUUUGGAAUGAAACUCUAUCAAGGGCCACCAGGACCUCCUGGACCUGCUGGGAUGCCAGGAAAUCAUGGAAACAAUGGAAAUAAUGGAGCAACUGGUCAUGAUGGAGCCAAAGGGGAGAAGGGAGACAAAGGGGACCUGGGACCAAGGGGAGAUCGUGGCCAUCAUGGACCAAAAGGAGAAAAAGGUUAUCCAGGGAUUCCACCAGAACUCCAGGUUGCAUUCAUGGCUUCCAUGGCAACUCACUUCAGUAAUCAGAACAGUGGGAUAAUCUUCAGUAGUGUUGAAACCAAUGUUGGAAAUUUCUUUGAUGUUAUGACUGGUAGAUUUGGUGCUCCAGUCAAUGGAGUAUAUUUCUUCACCUUCACUAUGAUGAAACAUGAAGAUGUGGAGGAAGUGUAUGUGUACCUAAUGCACAAUGGUAACACAGUUUUCAGCUUAUAUAGCUAUGAAUCAAAAGGAAAAUCUGACACGUCGGGGAACAGCGCAGUGCUAAAACUUGCCAAGGGAGAUGAAGUGUGGCUGCGUAUGGGGAACGGAGCGCUACAUGGAGAUCAUCAGCGCUUCUCCACUUUUGCUGGGUUUCUUCUUUUUGAAACAAAGUGAAAACAGAAGUCCAUUUUGAUGCAGCUCCUUUAUUCAGGCUUGCACCAUAGGAGCUGGCUCUGGCUAAACUACAAGAGGACUCAGCUUCAGAUGAGAGUGGAUUUAGAGGAAUCAGUUUAUACUGGACUAGAAAAAGCUUUGCAAAAACAAAAAAAAAUGUGAAAAGUAAAGAUGGCAGGGAUUCAGUUUUCUUGCACCAUCCUCUUUUACAUUUUGAAGAUGAGUUUGGUGACUUUAAUAUAGUUUUCAUGUACAUAUUCACCCCUUCAAAAAAAAAGUGUUAGGUUUUCUCAGUUUGAGAAAUCCAAAGAUGAGUUUCUUUUGCCUGAGUUAUGCAGGUCAUAUGGUUCUUUCUGGUCUACAAAUUGUGAAAACUGUCCUGGCAAUGCUACAUAUCAGGACAGAGACCUAGCCAGUAUUACCAGAGAUAUUUGAAAUGGUUCAAACAGCACAACAAGCUAGAGGACAGGUACUCUGUGGAGCUUGGAGCUCUUUUUAAAAGAAUGACCUUACAAUACAGUUGUCAGUGUUAUUUUUCGCACAAUCUCUCCUGGAAGUGUUGCUUCUAGGAGACAGUUGGCACGUUUACAUGUACAUUAAUGCACCAUAAUAACAUACUAACUUAACAUGCUGUAAUUGGCACUACUGCUCAGUAGCGCCGGCGCACAUCUUUUACAUGAUGCUAAUGCACAGUAGACUGAUUCUACAGCGCAUUAACGCAUUAACACAGCUUUUGCCAUGAUGUGCUAAUGUACAAUAGAAUUAGUCUACUGUGCUUUUAGCAUCUCGUGUAGAUACGCCCAGUAUUUCAGAAAUGGCUUUACAAUAUGGUAUGCCAGCAACUACGAUGUAUACAGAAUAUACAAUAUAUAGCUGAUAAACCAAAAUGUUAUUGGUUCACGUGAUCUGUAUCUACAAACCUGGUUCUGGCCAUUGUAUUUUUGUUAUUCAUCUGUCUUCAUAAGCAGUAGCACUUGUCCUCCAUUUUUCAACUUUGUUACUUUAAGUCCUAUCUUAUCUAUGCUUUGGUAUUUUAAAAAUUAAUUUACAAGUUCCAAACAGGCUAAAGCACUCUUAACAGUCUUUAACACAAGGGCCCUUCUGCAUAUUACAGCCUUCCCCAUACAAAGCUU